AUGUGGUCGUCAGCUGUAAAGAAUAUAAUUGGGUGGAGCCACCAUGGGUGGGGUAUUAUUUGUUCACCUUGGUGUGCGCGCGAAGGUCAGAGUAGGUUGGAUUACAUAGGUUCGAAUAGGUCAAAGAAUCGAGUUCAAACUUCGAUUUGUGUUCGACGAAAAAAAAGAUUAGUUGCAGCUCGCACGUUGCAUAAGUAUCAGUUGUCACGAGGCGUACAGACGAGACAAACGAUGGGACGCAAAUUCUUUGUUGGCGGUAACUGGAAGAUGAACGGCACAAAGAACGAGAUCGGUGACAUCAUCGCGUUCCUGAAAACUGGUCCACUCGAUCCUAAUGCUGAGGUUGUAGUUGGCGUUCCAGCGAUAUAUCUUACGUAUGUGACUUCCAUCGUUCCUGGCAAUGUUAGUGUCAGUGCGCAGAAUACGUACAAAGUUGCUAAAGGAGCAUUUACUGGUGAAAUUAGUCCAGCUAUGCUUCUGGAUAAUGGCAUUCCCUGGGUAAUUCUUGGCCACUCAGAGCGUCGAAACGUUUUCGGCGAAACGGACGAAUUAAUUGCAGAGAAAGUUGCACAUGCUUUAGAAACUGGAUUGAAAGUGAUUGCAUGUAUAGGCGAGAAAUUGGAAGAACGCGAAGCAGGAAAGACCGAAGAAGUAGUUUAUAGGCAAACCAAAGCAAUAGCGGAUAAAAUUAAGUCUUGGGACAACGUAGUUUUGGCUUAUGAACCAGUAUGGGCAAUCGGUACAGGUAAAACUGCGACGCCGCAGCAAGCGCAAGAGGUUCAUGAAAAAUUACGAGAGUGGUUGUCCAAGAACAUCAACUCCAAUGUUGCGCAAACUUUACGAAUUAUCUAUGGUGGUUCCGUGACAGCAGCCAAUGCCAAAGACUUAGCAAAAGAGAAGGAUAUCGAUGGAUUUUUGGUUGGUGGCGCGUCACUCAAGCCUGAUUUUGUACAAAUUGUCAAUGCUCGUUGUUGAAUAUACAUGUUGUUGAUGAAACAGACAUAUUUGAGAUUAUAUCAGAUGAAAUUUAUUCUUAUUCGGAGUACGCAUAAUAAGUUGCCUAUUCCGUUUGAACAUAUAUAUCUAUUCUGAUAAAAUGUAAUAUCACAAAGGAGAGUUCUAUUUUCAUUUAACAUGUUGAGCUCUUGCAACGUAGCUACUAAAGAUUACUCAAUGUUGUAUUGUUAUCGGACACGAUUGUACAUGAUUGAUUCUUGUAAUUAGAUGUAUUUAUGGUGCCGAAAAUGACGUAUC